AUGCUCAGAAACAGAAUCACAUCAAGAAGAUCCAUCAGCUCGUCUGUUUCGGCUCUCGCCAAUUACGGGAAGCCUCAAAACCCGGCUAUUGACACCACAGUGAAAAUGAGAAUCCAGCCCAUCAAGAGAGAAGGAGAAACCAUGGAAAUAAAGAGAGCUAGGUUGAUCUACCAGCUGAGAAAGAGAGGCAUUUUGGAAAGCGACUUGCUUCUCUCCCGUUUUGCUAAAAAGUACUUAAACGAGUUCACCGAGGCUGAACUAGACGAAUACGACAGAUUGUUGGACGAGCCAGACUGGGACAUCUACUACUGGGCUACAAAGAACUACGACGUUACUCCUUUGCCAGACAAGUGGAAGGACCUGAAGAUCUUGAAGAUGUUGCAGGAGGAUGCUAAGAAUGAUGACAGAGAGAUCUUGAGAAUGCCUGAGUUGGACUUGGAGCAGAAGUAG